ACCAAUGGCAAGCAGGAGUGUGGACGUCUGGACGAUAAUAUUUUUUGUGGUAUUGUGCGGAUAUAAGCGUGCGUGCAUUCAAAGAAACUAGUUGUUACUGGAAGAUAUUUUACAUUGUAAUAACAACUUACAUAAUGGCUCAAUUAGUAGAAAAUAAAAAGAUUAUUGAGUUUUUGGAGUUAGUCGGUCGCCUGAAGCACGAGAAAAGGACUGGAUGGGUGCUGUGUAAUAUUAAUGAAUGUGAGUCAAUAGCUGGUCACAUGUACCGCAUGGGGCUUAUGACUUUUCUACUCACAGAUGCUACAAAUCCGACGAAACUAGAUCGUUUUAAGUGCCUUCAAAUUGCGUUGGUCCACGAUUUAGCAGAGUGCAUUGUUGGGGACAUCACUCCGCAUUGUGGUGUGUCGCCAGAGGAAAAACACAGACAAGAAGAUGUAGCCAUGCAGAGGAUUGCAGAGCUCACUGGCAUUGCUGGUGACAGAAUGUAUGAGCUUUAUAAGGAGUACGAAAACCAGAGCUCUCCCGAAGCCAAAUUCGCUAAAGACUUGGAUCGUUACGACAUGAUACUCCAAGCUUUUGAGUAUGAGAAACGAGAGAAUGCACCAAAGAAACUACAAGAGUUCUUCACUGCAACAGAAGGGAAGUUCAACCAUCCAUUCAUACAGGAUUUAGUCGAAGAACUUUAUAGACAGAGAGAGGAGUUUGAAAAGAAAAGUUUACUUAACAGCAAUGCAUAAGAUAUGUACCAAAACUUUUUGUAACAAGACCAUGCGGUAGUCUUUCAAAAUUAUCGACCACCAGGCCCA